CUUGGCUCCUGCUUGCAUUGGUUUUAAAAACUAUUUAUAAAGCGAGUAUUAAGCUCCCCGCACUAAAGAGAAAUGCCAUCGGCACGCACCCCAACCCUGUUCUUGGCGGCUGCGCAGAGGACGCCCCGCCCCUUCUCCUUGAUUGGCUUUCUCCUUCCGCAAAUCCCUUUGGCCAGAAAAGAAGUGCGGCUGAGCGGUUCUUGAUUGGUUCUUCCCUUCCGCGCCAAGGAUUGGCCCGCGUGAGCCGAGUGAGCGGAAGUGGCCGUUUCCUGGGCGACGGGAGGAGGCGGCGGGCGGAAAGUAGCGGCUCCGCUAACGAAGCCUGGCUGGGGAGCGACGUGGCGGCGCCGGCCGGACGACAGCAGGUCGCAAAGCAGUGAUGGAGACGUUAGAAGAAGAAAACUUCGGUGUAUCCAUUUCUUCCCCUUCAGAUGCCGAAUUUGAUGCUGUGGUUGGAUACUUGGAAGACAUCAUAAUGGAUGAUGGCUUCCAACUAAUACAAAGAAACUUCAUGGAUAAGUACUACCAAGAGUUUGAUGAUACAGAGGAAAACAAGCUGAUCUACACCCCGAUUUUUAAUGAAUAUAUUUGCCUAGUUGAGAAGUACAUUGAAGAAAAGCUCUUGGACAGGAUGCCGCGCUUCAGCAUGUCCACAUUCAUCUCGUCAUUACAGCAGCACAAGGAUGAAAUUGCUGGGGAUAUUUUUGACAUGCUGCUCACAUUCACUGACUUCCUGGCAUUUAAAGAAAUGUUCCUGGACUACCGAGCUGAAAAAGAAGGCAGAGCCCUGGACUUAAGUGGUGGAUUAGUGGUGACACCCUUAAGUAAGUCUUCCGUGUCACCUUCCCAAAACAACCUGUGCCGCUAGGCCUUCCCUCCAAAGAGCUGUCUCUACUUGGGAUGCACUGAAAACGGGAGGCAGCAGCAAAGACAGACAUGAUGUCCGGGAUUACAAACAUAGUGACGUUUUGGCAGGCCCGUCUUCUUCGCAGCUGUUCAUAUGAAUUAUUGUUUCCCUUGAUCAAGCCCAGCUCCAUCUCCGUGACAGUAACAGCCUCUUAGAACCCACAUUGUGCCAGCAACAUGGGAUUUUAUGUCACAGAGCCAGUGAGUGCAAGGAUCUGAGGGCUGUUUGUGUUCCCUUGCUUGAAGGAGCGACUUCUUUGUGAAAUGGCAGGUGGGUGUUGAAUUUUCCAUGGAUGGGAUGGCUGCAACAGGAGUCCCUGUGAAAUUCCUGACUGAAUUUUUGGGGUGAAUCUGAAUGCCACAUUUUGACUCUUAGCAGGCAAUGAGUGCAGGGGAAAGAGAGAGAGCUUGAGAGAUGCACAGCUUGAAAAAUGUUACCUCUUGUGUGGUAAUUCCCUGCCCUCCCCACAACAGUCUUACCUGUCUUGUUCUCCUGCCUUGAACUCAAGAGCCUUCAGCUGUAAAAGUAACCAGGCUGCUUUGAAAAUCCAUUUUCCCCUUUUUUCUUGGAAAGAAACGCAGCAUGUUUUAUUACUACCAAGAGAAUCUUACUUUAACAUGGACAGUAUUUCACCUGCACUCUCCGUAGCGCAUAUAAACGCAAACCUAAAGCUUUUUGUGGCUUCCAAGGCACGUUUGGUUGUGGCCAUUCCCCUGCACUGUUUAACAGCAAAGUGCUGCUCCCCAGGUACUGUAAUGGCAGCCGAGGUGGCCCCGUUACGUGAAAUCGUAAGGUGGAAUCCGGACCCAGAGCUGCCCCAGGAAAGCCAUGGCACUGGAAGCAGGGCGGGCCUGCCAUGACCCGCGAGUGCCGGGGUUUCACUGGUUGCUCCGGAGAACUUGGCUUGUGUGGGUGUGCCUUGAGGUUUGCGCGGUCAGUGGACAUUCGGAGCGCCUUGCCAAGGGUGCAGUGGCUUCUGACAGACAGGCCCCUGCAGAGGUCCUCCCCUUGCCUCCUGGCGUGUUGUGUGUGUCCGACCAGCUCCACAUGCACACACCUCCCUGUUCUUGCCCCGAGACCGGCCCUGCGGGGGCUGCUGCCCUCUUGAGUUCCUCCACUCAGCAAAGUCAGCCGGGAUGAGUAGGAUGUCCAAGCCUGAGGAUCCCCUUUCGUGCACAGCCUGCCUUUACUCUAGCCUGGGGACACAAGGACGAAGGAUAAUACUUAGGGAUGUAUAAGUGUGUCACUCACAUGCACACACACCCUUUGCCCCGGGCUCAGAUUUUUUCCAUGCUAGAAGAAAACCUGCCAUGAUUGAGAUCCGUCAAUGUACUAGCCGAGCCUUGGACACUUCAGUCUUUUCCCUUACAUGGCAAUGUUUCUUGGCAUUCGGGUAGCUAAAAAUUCUCAUCCAUGGGCAGGAGAAGGUGGUGCUUCCUUGUGGCAGUAAAGUUCAUCCUCCAUGCUGGUGAACCUGUUAUGGGGACGGUUUUCGGCAGAGUGCGUGCCCCCCCCCCAGCUGCUGUGGGUAAAGAGCCCUCCUGGCCCAAGUCACAGGCCAUGGGCGGGGGGGGGGGGGUCGCCAAUCCAGACCAAUGUGUGCUUGGUUGGAAUAAAUUCUGGAGAGGAGGCAGUGAAAGGGUGCUUGAAAUUAGGGGUUCCCUGGGCACAGUUGUUGUGCUGUUCCAUUUUUGGGAUUGCAAAUAUUCUGAUGUUUUCGGGCCAUUCACCAUUCUCAAAUUUGGGUGGCAGUAUUGUCACCUGAAACCUAACUAUGUUGCAAGGAAUAUUUAUUAUAACUUCUCCGUGGACAGUGCUCUUUCUUGCACGUUUUCAUGUAUAUAAUUAUGUACCUUCUCACUUUGAAGAACCAGACUGACAGCAUUUAGAAAGGAGCAAAUCGUGCAUUUUCUAACUGUGCUAGUGAAACACACUGAACAUGUUAGCAGUAUGUUUCUUAGUGCUGUUUGCUUUCUGAAGUCCAGUCCUGGCUCUGCAAUUUAUCCACAAAAGAUUGGAAUGCAGAAUGAGCUCCUUUUGGUAGCAGGUUUCCUGUUUGCUUUGCCUUCUUCCACUUGCCUUGAAGCCCAUUUUAAUUUUAAAAGGAGAGGAAUAAGGAAAGCAACAGUCAUUUCCUAAGAAUAACCCAGUUGGCUGGAAGCACUUUCUCCAGGCUGGUGGCUUCCAGAUGUGAUGAACCACAAUUCCUGCUAUCCCUCGGGCUGGUUAAUGGGAGUUGUAGUCCCAACAUAUCAGGAAGGGCACCAGGUUGCGGGAGGGCUGGCUGAGCCACUGUGCACUGGUUUGGAUAUAGGCCCUAUGGAUUUUGAGAAGUCAUUGGGUAGUCUAAAACAAAAAUCUUUUGCUUUGCAAAGGAAGCAGCAGCUGUGCAGGCAUGAAGGCAACUCCAGCUGCCCGAAGCCUCGGCAUGAAGGCUGCUGUUACUUGUAGCAGUGCGUGAAGGUGUUGUGCUUUGUGCUGUAAAGCCCUUUACAGGCACGAAAAGUAAUUGUAUCAUUUGGUGUGGGAUUAAACAGCCAUUGAAAAACA